AUGACUAUAAGCGAGAGUGGCGUUUACAAAACCGAAGGAUCAGGGCGCCCGAUUUCGGCCGCAGAGUUACGUUACGAAGAUAUAAAGCGAAGGCGGCUUCUUGCAGCGCCGCAGUCCGACGCGCGCGGCUUUUAUUCGAGUACCUACGUGCACCAUGCUCCCGGUUCUGUUCACCCUGAUGUUCUGCGGCCUGUGCGUUUCGGCCGGGACGCUACUUUAUUUCCAUUUCAUGAAUGUGUCGCAGCGCCUUUCUUGAAUGCGUGUUCAGCGUCGGAUCCAAACCUAAGCGAAUGCGUGGAGAAGGUGAUCUCGGCGGGCGGAGGCAAGUUCGCCAAGGGCAUACCGGAGCUGGGCAUCGCCUCCCUUGACCCGGUCCAUUUGGGGAAAGUGGUGGUGGACAACCCCGCCUUGAAACUCACCUUCGAUGACACCGUAGUCACUGGCUUGGGAGACUUUCACGUCAACUCUUACAAAAUCGACACGGAGAAAGGCAAAGCGACCUUAGACUUCACCGCCAACGUGACGUUGAAGGCGAACUACGACAUGGACGGACAAGUUCUAAUUUUGCCCAUCCGGGGCAGCGGACAGGCGAAGAUCAAAAUUACUAAUCUGAACAUUGUGAUCAAGUACGACUUCAAAACCGUAGACGGCUUCUGGACUGUGACAGGUUACAAGGACAGCUACAAGAUGGACAGAGCGCAAUUCAAGUUCAACAACCUAUUCAACGGCAACAAAGAACUCGCGUCGACGAUACACAGAGUCAUCAACGAGAACUGGGAGCCCGUGAUAAGGGAUAUAGCUCCGGUGGCUUUUCACACCAUCAUCAGCGCCUGCGUCAACGAAGCUAAGAAACUCUUCGCCGCUGUCCCUGCGGACCGUCUUCUAUUGCCCUGA